UGGCAAAUAUGUAAUUAAAGAAACUACAAGGGAAAGGGGGAGAAUAUAGAAACUGUAAGGGCUCUAGUGUGUGAAUUCAGUUCGCAGAUUUGAUUUUGGUGAGAGAGACGAAAAGAGAGAAGGCGGUAACGUCGGGAGAAAAAAUGUGUUGGAAUUCUUUGUUGCUUCCUGUUCUUCUCCUUCUUUUCAGCUUCUCUGCUUCACUUGACGCCCAAUUGCAGAAUACAGUUGGGGGGAACGAAGAAAUUGAGAUCGGGUUUGGGCGCAGAGCUCUGUUGAGUUUCAAAGAGACUCCACAGGGAAGUAACGUUACCUUUGAAUGCUCUCGUUCUGGCCCCUGUAUUGCCUGCCUCUACUCUGAAAAGAAUGAUGAAAAAUAUCGCUGCAGUGAGACUGGCUACCGUAUUCCCCUGAAAUGUGUGGAGAUCAAAGACACUUCAAAAGUUUCCAUUGAGCAAAAAUCUCAUGAUGGUCGCUCAGUGCUUGAAAUGUCUUAUGAGCACAAGCUAGUGAUCCCUGUGCUGAAUGAUGCAAUUGGUCAUGCUUCACCAAUAGCACACAGAACUUUAAGAGAUGGUUCUAUCUCAGCAACAGAUGGUGCUCAGGCGUACACCACUUAUAGAAGCUGUAUUCCAUCAGUUAAUGAAGAAAAGUUGUCUGUACUUGGUUUUGAGGGCAUUGUGCUGUGUUUACUGCUGGUAAGUGGUUCAUUUGUAUACAUCAGAAGGAAGCGAACUGUUUCAACGGCUGGUUUUGCUUCUGGCAGGCUGCAGUCAAAUUCCAGGUUUUAGUUUAGUUUAGUCGUCUUCUUUUGUUACAAUUGUUCAUGUGACAUAAAUGUAUUAUCCACGAAUACAACAAAUUGAAAUUAUAGAUGGUUGCACAUCAACACCUAGGAACUGGAUGGUUGCACAUACUUUUCUCCCUGUUCCAUUAUUUCGAAACGAAA